ACAUACCAACCGUUGACGUCAUUCGCUACCUUUACAAGAACCUUCAAGAUCAAACGAAUUAUUUUACGACCAAAGAAAAUUAACGGAGACGUAAAUAUUAUGUUGGGUCUGUCGUCAUAUCGUCUGUCGAUCUCUAAGCCUAGGUUUCUCCUUUUUAAUCAACCAAUGGAAGUGGACACCACGAUUCCGACGGUCAGAAGUAGCUUCAAUGGUAGCCGCUUGGGAAACACCACUUCAAUGAGAAGCAAGACCUGGUUUCUAGUUUUCAUAGUCUUCACGCUGUUCAGUAGCGUUGAUGGAGGUACGUGCACUUUCAGAGACUAUUGGAAUGGUCUUUGCCAUGUAGUAGAGCCUCAGAAAGAAGCCCAAGCACCCCCUGCUACUGAGGCGGCUACUGAUUCAGCCAUGCAAAUGCUUGCUUGCACCUUCUCUGCAUGCCUGUUGUUUUUCGCAGCGGUUGGAGCAGUCGCGUACCUAGACCAGAAACUGCCAGAUGAUGAGCUGGAUCAGGAGCCAGAAGAAGAAACAGAAGCCAAGCCAAAUUUGAAUAGCUGGUCGAACAGACUGUUCCAGGCGGCACGGAGCGUUGUUGUCCGCUAAUCUAUUCGGACGGCAUUGAACGGGUCAGUGUCACCCCGACCUAGAGUUUGUGUUUAUUUGUCCUUACUUAGCUCUAAAAGCGUGACAGGGUUGUGUUCAAAAUAAAAAUAAAGUA